CUUGACUCCUGCUUUGUUGAAUUGCCAAAAGAGAGGAAGAGCUUCAGAUCCACAAGAGCAGCUUUGCAGCCGGAUCCUGGGAAGUUUUACUUGCAAAGGUGGGAGCCAUCUGUGCAGAUGGAAGUGAAGUUUUCUGAGGAGGACAGCUGUCCUUUGGAGGAAGAGCAGAAGGCCCAGGCCCAGAAGUGUGCCCAGGAUGGCCUCUCAUGUGGCAAUAAAGAGAAGGUGUCGAGCUGUCGUCUUUGUGGAGGAGUGGAAACGGCUGCUGUCCCGGCAGACCAGUCUCCAGCUUCCUUUGAGGAUGUGGCCGUGUAUUUCACCGAGGCAGAGUGGGCCCUGCUGGAUCUGGGCCAAAGAGAACUCUAUAUGGAAGUCAUGCUGGACAACUAUGAGAACGUGGCCUCUCUAGAGGUUACAGGUGUAGUUCCUGCUAAAGAGACUAAAAUGGAGCAAGACGAAGGGCUGGAGAGUUUCUCAGGAAGAUCUCAACAAAAUAUUUCCUUCCCAAAUGAGCCAGCUGAAAAUCAGCUUGCAGCCCAACUGCAAGGUGACCCAAGGAAUAUAAAACCUCAAGGGGCCGUUGGUCAACAGAUGGAAGGGAGUAUGAUCUGAAGGUUUAAAUGUGAGUUCCAACUUGUUACGACUAAUCUCCAAACUACAGAAAUUAGUUCCUGGAAUUUUGCUUGCACAGAAAGGCUUGCACUUCAGGAGGUGCCUACGAAAUCAGACUUGAUUGGCAAGAUAAUGGAAGCUGCGGAGAUGGGCUAUUUAUCCCAAAUACUAGUGGGGAAAUCAGAAGAAAAAGCAAAGAAAUACUGGGGAAAAGUUGUAUGUGUGGUUAGAUACUUAAAAAUUCUAUGGAGUGAAUUUUUGAUCUCCAGCUCCUAUCAUAGAUAUUCUAAAAUGCUGUAAGUGUUAGAAAUAUAAUUAAAACACGAUGGUUUAUAGGAGAACUUUACAGUCCUUACUAUAUGUUUUAUAAUUUGAGAAGUUAUGUGACAUAAUUGAUUAUACUGCAUACAAUCAUACUUUAUGUUAUGGAUUAUGUUCAUUCAGGAUGGGCUGAUAUCGUAUUGUAAAUGAGAAAUGUGUUUUUUUAACUCCCCCUUCUUCCCACCCUUCCUCUUUUCCCUUUAAAAUCUAAUAAAAA